AUGCUGUCCUCCAUCCCUUCUCUGUCGACAUCAUAUAUCCGCCACAGCACCAACAGCCAGUACACCGAGCAGGCCCUACAAGACCAGCUCGACCAGCUCGACCACCUCGAACACCUCGAGUCGCAGCUCCUCUUGCCUUCCUGCCACCACCACAACCACCAGCAACACACCCACAACCAGCACAACUACCAGUCAUAUAGUGAUAUCAGCGACAGUCCAUCGUUGACCUUCCCUGUCUACCACAGCUGCUCCACGCCACCGCCGCCAGACUCGUCCUCUGUCGUCGCCUCGCCCACAGGCACCUACGCCUACGACUCGUCCUCGCCCGUCUUCUCCGUCCAGGGGUCGCCGGAAACCGACUUCGUGUCUUCCUUCUACCACGGCGCAGGUAGCUUUUCUAUGCCCGACGAGAGUUUCCCGAUUCGGGAAGAAGACAUAUCGCAUACUCCACCGCCGCCUGCUAUAAAGGUGUUUCAGUCCUCGCCUCACAGCAACAACAAUAUCAACAACAACAACCAUCACCAACACAACAGCCAGAUGCUGCUGCAGUCCGGCCUGCCUUAUGAAGCGGACCUCCAGACCCUGCUGAGUCCGGGAAAGUUCAACCAGCCACAACAACACAACAGCAGCAGCAGCAACAGCAGCAGCAACCACUCCCGUCUCUCGGCGUCGUCGCGGGCAGCUCACCACUCCGCUGCUGCGUCAGGCGCAAAGUCGUCUCAGUCGCAAACGUCACCGCAUAGACGCACUCCAUCUACUUCCUCCAGCGUGUCUCUCCCGUCUGCAUACCACGGAUACACGGGCUACGACCGCGGCUCAUCUAAACCCUUGCCCACGCCUGAACAGACCCCAGUUCAGCCCUCCUUCCUGGCCCAGCCAUCAUUCCCUACCUACGACCCGUCCUCUUCGUACCGAAAUGCAGCAGACCACCCGGACGUGGAGAUGGCUAUGAGACGCGCCGUUUUCGAGCAGCAGAGACAGCAACAGCGCCAGCAGCAACAUCAGCAGCAGGGCGCUGACGAAGAGCCAGCUACUUUCCCUUCAUACUCCCUGGCACCCUCGGUAUCGACCUUGAGCCAUAAUUCACCGGCCACGCCGCAGACUAGCUUCCCGGAAGAGUCCGAGGACGGCUCUAAACUUACACAUGGUAUGACUCGAGUUUCUGAGGUUGACGUGCACGGCUGGCUAGACGAAUACUUACUCUUCGAUGAUACAGACAACCUCGCGCAACCUUCCUCGCACAUGGCUGGCUCCCUCACCGACCCCUUCCAAGAGGAGAUGUACAACCCUGCCCUUCAGCAUCUAAGAAACGCUUCCUCACAGAGGAAUAAGCCACAGCAACAGCAACAGCAACAACAGCAGCAGCAGCAGCAACAAGCUUAUGCUGGCUACCGACCUCGCAACGUCAUGGCCGAUAGACUACAGGCCGCGCAACAGGGACACAUGACUGCGCGAGCUCACUCUCCUCGUGAUGCCUCCCCCUGGGCUCAGCCUACUACCGUCUUCCAGAACGCACUACACCAGCCUAGUCACUUGAACUCGGCACUACGGGGUAUGGAGAUGCUCGGACACACUGGCCCAGAGGAGCAGCCCAAGACCAUCUCGCCCAAGGACGCGAUGCUAGAGUUCCAUGACUCACCUGCAGACAACGGCAGCAUACCGCUGUUCCCCUCGCAGGCUGAAGCUUCCGAGUUCGAAGCUGCCGUGGCCACUACCUUGGCAAACACAGACUUCUCUCACGAUGCCUUUGCCCCCUUUUCCUCCUCCGCCUCCCAAACCACACCACAGCCCUACUUCCUCGGCCAAUUCCCAACCACGACCGCCCAGCAGCAGCAGCAGACCAGCGCCGACUUCGCCGCUGCCCUGGCCGGACUGGAUGCUAACUCCGUCGAUCGCAAGAUCGAGGACCAUGACACGGAUAUGCCCACGGGCCGACCAGAGGACACUGCCUCUGACGCCGGAACCUACAGCUGUACCUACCACGGCUGCACCCGCCGCUUCGACACGCCGGCUCGUCUGCAGAAGCACAAACGGGAAGCCCACCGCCAAACCACACCUGGCUCCCACAUGCUUGCCCGCGACAGCUCGUCGAUGGGCGCCCGGGGACUCAGCGCGCGCAACUCCCAGGCUGGCCCACACAGAUGCGAACGCACCAACCCGUCCACGGGCAAGCCCUGCAACUCCAUUUUCUCGCGCCCUUACGACCUAACGCGCCACGAGGACACAAUACAUAACGCACGCAAACAAAAGGUCCGCUGCCACCUCUGCACUGAGGAGAAGACCUUCUCGCGCAACGAUGCCCUCACCAGGCACAUGCGCGUCGUCCACCCCAACGUGACGUGGCCGGGCAAGCAGAAGCGACGAGGCCGGGAUGACUAA